AUGCGAUCUCUGGUAUAUCAAAAGCUGGAUGACACAGAUGUCGACUCCGAAGAGUCAGAUGCCCUGCAUCCUACUAACGACGGUCCCAAAGAAGCGUCAACAAUAUGGAAUAUGCGAAUACUCUCAGUGCCUGGUGGCUUCGUUCUCUUCAACUUGAUUUUCUUCCUCUUCUCCAUUUUGAUCCUUCUAUUAUCCGUCAUCCACGUGCAAAACAUAACACAUAACAUCGACAACAGUCUACUCAAAAAGACCUCCUCAUACUCACCCAUCCUCGACAAACUCACCAUCCCAUUCCGCGAAACACGCACCCACGGAAACUUCUUCGCCGACGACCCUCCCUCCCUCUUCCAACUCCCCCCAAGCCCUGAAGUCGACGCCGCAUGGGACCGCAUCUCCGACACGCACGCCAUAGUGCUCUCCCGGGAAGAGAUUGUGAAAAUGGGCCGCGGUCCGGACGAACAAUGGCGCUUCCCGCCAGAGUACGGAUACGGCGAUGACGCCUAUAUGGGCCUCCUGGACGUGUUUCACCAUCUGCAUUGUCUAAACGCGAUGCGUCAGGCCGCGUAUCCGGAAUACUAUUUCAACAAGACUGGGAGUCAUUCGCAUCAUGAACGCUUGGGAGGGCCGGGCGAGGUGCAUUUCACGCGUGGAGGCCACGAUUUGCAUUGUCAGUAUAUCCUGUUGCAGUUUAUAAUGUGUCACGCCGAUGUGGGCGUGAUUACGUUCAAUAAGGUAGAGGGGGUAAAAGGGCCGAUGGCGGAUUUUAGUAUUGAUCAUAAAUGUCGCGAUUUCAGGAGCAUCUUGGACUGGAAGGAGGAGAAUCAGGUUAAUGUUUCGGAUGAACAGUGGAAGUUGAUUAAUCGUGUACCCGAGGGGGUUAGGGAGUUGUCGGGGGAGGGAAGGUCGAGGCCAUUUGGGAGUUGAUUUCUGUUUUGUUUACUGAUAGACAUUGAGUUUGAAUAUUGACUGUUCAAUUAGAGUUGAAGUAGGUGGUAUUGCACCUGGUUUCACUGGACAUGUAUGUACACAUGAGAAGGAGGAUAGGCAGGAAAU